UCUCCUCUCAGCUCUCUCCUCCUCCUCCGCCCCGAAAUCCUCGCCCCGCCUCCUGCUCUCCCCAUUGCCCGAAGUAGGAGCCGCAAGGCUCCCUGCUGCCUUUUCGAGGCGCGAUGCUCGACGAGCUCUCCGGCAGCCCUGGAGGUCUGGGGCGUCUGGGUGCGGCGCCAGUGCCGCUCGCCCGGAGGCUGGAGCGGCGGCGGCCGGAGGAGGAGGAAGAGGAGGAGGACUACUCGCGAGCAGGUCUUUAAACACCUUCCCCCGAGCGCGGCAGAUGGGGGAUAAAGACGUAAGCGGGCUAACUAUAGCAUCUCCCCGGAGCCCGGAGGGAUGUAACUUGCUGGCUGCGUAAUUCCCCGCGCUCGCCCUGCUCCUGGGGGAAAGACUGCGGGAAGCGUCGCUACAGGUGACUCGGGGGCUCUCCCCCGGCCGCCCCCUUGCGAGGGUUUCGCCCAUGCCGGCGGCGGCUGCUUCCUGAACCCACCCCUGUUGCGACGGGGUGGGCGAGGCGGAGGAGACUGAGUGACUCGGCUGGCGCUGGGCAGAGAGGAGGCGAUGGGUUUGCCUCGGCUUCUUCUGCCCAUCUUGCUCUUUGCUCAUCUGAGGUUUGUGGCUGAUGCCAGCCAAGGGCGGACGGCGCCUGACAAAGAGAAAGCAAUUAAAGGCAAGCAGGCUGUUUACAAUAAGAAUGCGGCUUUCCCUUCCCCACCCUGGAGCAGGUCGGCGGAGAGUACCAUCUUGGCACAGAGGCUUACCCACGAGGUGCCCCAGAACGUGGCCGCUUUCCUCUACACGGGUGAUCCUCGGGAACUGAGGCAGGCCAACUGCACCGGGAAGUAUGACCUGGCCGGCUUGCCUGGGAAGUCUCGGUUGGCUUCCCAUCCUUCCUUGCACGGUGCGCUGGACACUCUCAUCCAUGCCACCAACUUUCUCAACAUGAUUCUGCAGAGCAAUAAGUCCCGGGAGCAGAACUUGCAAGAAGACAUCGAGUGGUACCAGGCGCUGAUCCGCAGCCUGCUGGAAGGGGAUCCCAAUGUCUCCAGGGCAGCCAUCAUGUUCAACCUGGAGCCCUUGUCCUCUCCCCCUCAGGUCUUCCUGCAGGCCAGCAGGCAGGACAGCCAGAUCCUCCUCCAGGACUUGUCUUCUGUGGCCCAUCAUGUGGUCAAUGCCUCUGAGGAAGCAGAGUGGUUCCACAGCUGGAAGCGCAAGUGGAGGCCGCACCUCCACCGGAAGGUCUUGGCUCCUGGUUCUAAGGCUCUAGAGAACAGCUGGAGAAAGAGGGAUGGUUACCCAACGGAGAAGAGCCACAUCAAGUGGUCUUCUCCAUAUUUGGAGUGCGAGAAUGGGAACUACAAACCCAACUGGCUGGUGACUCUUUCUGCAGCUUUUUAUGGGUUGCAUCCAAACCUCGUUCCUGAAUUCAGGGGUGUUGUGAAAAUGGACGUCAAUCUGCAGAAAGUGGACAUUGACCAAUGUUCAAGUGAAGGGUGGUUUUCUGGAACUCACAGAUGCCAAUUAAAUAACUCUGAGUGUAUGCCAAUUAAAGGUCUUGGAUUUGUGCUGGGAGCCUACAAAUGCAUUUGCAAGGCUGGAUUCUAUCAUCCCGAAAUAUUUUCGGUGAACAGCUUUCAGAGGAAAGAUGCAGCCAGUCGUUUCUCUGGAGGCGAGAUGACUGAAGAACUCUACACUUGCUUGCCCUGCAGGGAAGGAUGUUCAUAUUGUACAGAUGAUACCCCCUGCUAUGCACAAGAAGACAAGUACUUACGGCUUGCUAUCAUCUCAUUCCAAACCUUCUGUAUGCUAUUGGACUUCAUAAGCAUGCUACUGGUCUACCGUUUCCGCAAGGCAAAGAGCAUCCGUGCAUCAGGUCUCAUUCUCUUGGAGACUAUCUUAUUUGGAUCACUGCUUCUUUAUUUCCCGGUUGUCAUUUUGUAUUUUGAACCAAGUGUAUUUCGCUGUGUUCUCCUACGAUGGGUCCGUCUGCUGGGAUUUACUACUGCUUAUGGGACAGUUACACUCAAACUGCACAGGGUCCUGAAAGUAUUCCUGUCUCGAACUGUUCAACGAAUCCCAUAUAUGACAGGAGGACGUGUGAUGAGGAUGCUGGCUGUAAUUUUCCUGAUCGUGGCUUGGUUCCUAACAGGCUGGACCUCUGCAGUUUGCCAAAACCUGGAGAGGAAUGUUACAAUAGUUGGUCAAGGCCAGACAUCAGACCAGCUGAUCUUCAACAUGUGUUUAAUAGACCGAUGGGAUUAUAUGAUGGCUAUUGCUGAGUUUUUAUUCCUCCUGUGGGGUGUUUAUCUCUGCUAUGCAGUGCGGACAGUGCCCUCCGCAUUCCACGAGCCUCGGUAUCUGGCUGUUGCUGUGCACAACGAACUCAUUAUCUCGGCUGUGUUUCAUACACUUAGGUUUUGUCUUGCCUCAAAACUUCAGCCUGAUUGGACACUGAUGCUGUUCUUUGCGCACACACAUUUGACUGUGACAGUGACUGUUGGAUUACUUCUGAUCCCAAAGUUUUCCCAUUCAAGCAAUAAUCCACGAGAUGAUAUCGCUACUGAGGCUUAUGAAGAUGAGCUUGACUUGGGAAGAUCUGGAUCCUAUUUGAACAGCAGUAUCAAUUCAGCUUGGAGUGAGCAUAGCUUGGACCCAGAAGAUAUCAGGGAUGAAUUGAAGAAGUUGUAUGCCCAGCUGGAAAUUUACAAGAGGAAAAAAAUGAUUACCAACAAUCCACAUCUCCAGAAAAAGCGAUGCUCAAAAAAGAGCUUAGGCCGUUCAAUCAUGCGUAGAAUUACUGAAAUUCCUGAAACUAUGAGCAGACAGUGCUCACGGGAGGAAAGGGAUCUUGUGGAUCACGGGGUUACAAAAAACGCUGCUCUGCCAAGAAAGAAUCUGCCAGAUUCCACAGGACACAUCAAACCAAAGGAGGACUCUUUGAGAAACAGAGUCUUCUCGCUUAAAAAGUCUCACAGCACUUAUGACCACGUUCGCGAUCCCACAGAGGAAUCUAACAGCUUAACUACAGAAAGCGUGGAAGUCAUAACCGCUACAGAGAAUUCUUCAAUGGACUCCCUCCCUGGGGAAAAAAUGGCCCCAAAAGCUCCAGAAAAAGUGGAAGCCGUGUCCACUGAAAACGUCCCUCUGGUGUGCAAAUCAGUGAGCGCCCACAACUUAAGUGCAGAUAAGAAACCGCUCCACCCAAGAACGUCUGUGCUACAGAAGUCUCUUAGCGUAAUUGCCAGCGCCAAGGGGAAAACACUGGGGUUAACGGGGAAAAUGCAAAAUGAAGAAAGUGGCAAAUCCCACAAGUCUCAAUCAAAAGGCAAGGAGGCGAGCAAAAAGCACUCGAGCGCUGAUAAAAGCGAGCAUAAAGAUUCACACCGGAAAAAUUCCUCCCACGCUGAGGAGUCAAAGAAGCCUCAUAAAUCUGGAAUAAUGAAACAGCAGAGGGCCAGUCAGGUGCUUGAAAAUUCUGAUGUGGGUGCAGGUAAAACGAUAUCCAAGGAUGGCAUUGAUAUAGGAGAAGUUUGUCCUUGGGAAGUGUAUGACCAUUGCCCAGGCACUGGCCCUUCUGAGUCGAAAGUCCAAAAGCAUGUUUCCAUUGCUUCCUCUGAUUUAGAGAAACCUCAUCCUUCCCAGUCAAAGGGCAAAACUCACCAGAAGGCUGUGGAAGGUCAUCAGGUUUCCAAUCAAAAGAGCACAGAGAGGUACGAAGUCUGCCCUUGGGAGAGCCAAGAAGAACCUGGGGCAGAAGAUGAGAAAAAACAUUUGAGUGCCAAGGGAGCUCCUGGGGUCAAGGGUCAGACUGGCAAUUUGCAUUCCGCAGCCAAGGUUUGUGCUGGAGAGCUCAAAGAACUGUCCUCCAAAGCCACGGCCCAAACCACAGAAAAAGAUCAUACCAAUAAACUGAGAGAUCAAGCCAAAAACACCUCCUCUGCAGGGAAAGUACUUCCCUCCGAUUCCAGUAGGUCGGCAACUAGUAACUCACAGCAACCUUUACCAUCUCACGUGGACAUCUGCCCUUGGGAGUAUGAGACGCCGGAAUGUCCGAAAGCGGAAAGAAGUAUAGCUUUAUCGAACACAACCAGUUUAAGUUCAAAUAAAACAGCACCACUGGGGAAAUAAGAGUGCUUAGGGAGAAACGAGGGCAGAAAGGUCAGGAAGAGGAGAAAGCCAGAAGGUUCUACAAACUCCCAAGGAGUAUCACUUAAACAAGGCGAUGAGCCCAUGAGUACACAGGAACUAGUAUAGGGUCUCUUCUGUGUUUGUUUCUUUGUUGAGUGCCAACAGUGUUAUUGGUGGGCUCCAGGACAUGUGGCGCCAUGGCCCCUUCUUUGUCCACAAACAGUUUACAUUCCAAAUGAAUGAAAACGUGCUUUAGAAAUAAUUUAUUUCUUUUGUGGUAAGAUGAGUGGGGUUGGUAGAUGGGACGCAUCAAGAGGACAUAAAAUCAAAUGAAAUUAUUCCUAAAGGCCCUACAUUGGCUCAACAUGGGUAUGAAUUUGUUGUAUGUUAUAAAAUCUAAUGGAGUCGUUCUAAUAGGUCUCAGUCGGGAGAACGAUGCCGUUGGGGACUGAAAGGAAAUGGAUGUCUCUGAACAGGAUGAGAUGAACUGACUGUUGCUAAGCAAGACGUUAGAAGACCACUUGACUCAUUCCCUCCUAUCUACCCUCGAUGACCCUGCUCACUUAAACCCUCUCCAGAUAUAGUUUUCAUUUCCCCCUCCAUUUUUCCUUCUAAUGCGUGUGCACUUCGUUCAGUCUCAGCUGAACGCAUUCCAGUUUGUUUUAAUGUUUGCAAAAUAACUUUGAUAUUGACACCACGCAUUUAUGCAAUCGGCAGAUAGUCUAAUGUUGCAUUUUUCAGUACCUGCUAUAGGCCUUUGUUUAUUUCAGGUUCUGACCCCCUCCACUGCCCCCCGCCCCCCCCCCCCCGAUUUCAUAAGAAAAUAAUUUUUUUUGCAAUGGUUUAUGUUGUGGGCUUUUUCUUGUGCUCUGUUGUUUCCAGUUACGAGCUGAUGCAGUAUGAUUCAGGGUUUUUAUACGAGGUGAGUUUCACAUUUGCACUUGUCCAUUUGUGGUCAUAGACUUCUUUACUAGCAGGAACCAAGUCACCUUAUAUAGUGGGACGCUGUUAUAAUAAUGUUUAUCAUUUCUGUACUGCUUGAAAACGAGGAGCUGUUCGGAAAUGUACCUUCUUUUUGCUAGGAAAGGGAAAGGGCAAAUAUUAUUUCUCCUUCCAGAAAUAUUGUUUUAAUUAUUACUUAUCUUUCUCUUGCUCAGUAUUUAAUAUUGAGCCUGUUUUAAGGCAAAGGAAAUGUGGAAGGCUAGAAAAGGUAUUGUGCUGAUUUUGGCUGUCUCUUAUGGAAUGCUCUCAGGAUUCAUUUUCAAAAGAGAGAUUAUACUUGACAGGCCUUUUUCAUCAUGUUGUUAAAUUUCAAAGGCUAUAAAGUUGAGGGGAUCUUAAGAAUCCUUCCUGUUCUUACCUGCACCAGUUCAGAUGAGGAGAACAAACACAGCGGAAAACUGAACAAGGAGAAUUCCUAUAUUUUUGAUCGCUUUAUUGGCAUAUUUGUAGAAUGUGCACGGUUACCCAGAAGUAAGCCUUGCUGAGUUCCAUGGGGCUUAUUUCCUAAGAAAGUGCACAUAGGAUUGCAGCCUUCAUCUGCAAACUGUGUUUGUAAUCUUUAUUACUGAUCAUUUUACAGCACUUUUAACGUUGAGAAAAGCAUUAUAGUCAAUCAUGGCUCCCUCUCACCUCCCCUCAUUGUGAGGUUGCCAGACGCUGGCCCAGACACUCUGAUGGAGCACGGCCAUGUCAUUGAAGCAGACUUCUGGAAAUGGGCUUCCUUCCACCCUCCAGACCUUCAGUAGUCUCACUGCCCUUCUCAUGUUGAAAACAGAGGUCCUGUUUUGUCUUAUACCGUGUAGGAUGAGUGAGUGGUUGGUGCCCAGGGUCACAGACUAUGGUGACAGUUUCUAAAAUCUAGCUCUGUCUCCUUGUCUCCUCUUCGAAGUGAGCCCAAGUGGACAUCAUCCCCACCAUGCAUUGCGAAUGACAGCCACUACGUCACAUAGAGCAAAGCAGGAUUUGGGCUCCCAGCUGUGGCUUGGGAAAAUCCUGGAGAUUUGGAGGCAGUGCUGGGGAAGGGCAGGAGUUCAGGGAGGACAGAAACAUCACCGGUUGAACUUCUACCCACUGAAAACAGAAAGCAUCUUGGGAAGAAAAAGGCCAGCCAUCCCUCUCUAGCUGGGAGGAAUCAGAUAUUGUGAUGCAUUAGCUAGAAAUAAGUAAAAGGAUUGAGGUCACCUUUUGCAUAUCUGCGUCUGAUACCACUCUUGCAGGAACUAGUUUUCCUAGAAUGUUGGCAGGGAUUCUGUAGCUUUGUGGAGGUUCUCCCCUGAGCCGGAGGACAUCUUGUGGGUGCUUCCCACGCUGUGCUGAGGUAGGCAGGAUGAUCUAAAGCAGUGGUUCUUAACCUUCCUAAUGCCGCGACCCUUUAAUACAGUUCCUCAUGUUGUGGUGACCCCCAACCCUAACAUUUAUCCAUUUUACAGAUGGAGAACACUGAUGCAGAGAGUCUUAGGCGACCUCUGUGAAAGGGUCAUUCGACCCCCAGGUUGAGAACCACUGAUCUAAAGGGUUAAAUCAACAGCUCUGAAUCCUAGGAAGGGGGGGAAAUGCAUUGAAGUUUGUAUGUUUUUUAAAGUCCAGAGUUAGGUAAGAUCCUCACUUCAGGUUCCAAUUUAAAUGCCACCGGAUACGGGACAGAAGCAUGAUGCAAAAUGAGCAAACCACUCUCUGUAGUUCCCUGCCUUUUUUCUUUGUACUGGUGGCCCCUCAUAGGAACUUGUUCCACUGGGAACUAGAGGUGUUGGGUUGUUACAGCAUGUGAUCACUGUCUUUUUUCCAGGGUCACAGACCUCUAUGGUGACAGCCAGUGGCGAGAUUCAAAUAAUUUAACAACCGGUUCUGGGGAUGGGAUUCAAAUAAUAACUGGUUGUUUACAAGCACCAUUUUAACAACCAGUUGUGCCGAAGUGGUGCGAACCGGCUGAAUCCCACCACUGGUGCCUGCCCAUGCCUUUUCCAGAGAACUCCCAGCCCAACUUGGAAAAUGGUAACCAUAAACAUAGCACAGGGCAGCAUCAUUAUCAAGUUAGAUGUUCCUGGUUGUUAAGAGGAAGAGGGGAAAAGAGAGACGGAGGGGCAGCUUGAUGUCUUCAGUAGUGCUGACUUGGGUCGUUAAAGCAUCGACCCCAGUUUCUGGGCCCAGUGUUGAUGGUCCUGCUCACAACAUACAAAAGCACUGGCCUUCUGUCCUCCCCUGCUCCCUGAUCUAAAUAAGGUGUCCAUUGGGUAGCUUUAGAGAUCAGUCUGAAAGCGCAUGAUGCAGUUCUUUGCGGAAGCUGAGCAGGUUUGGUCUGUAAAGCUACCUGAUUGGGAAACUGCACUGGGUUGGGAACUCCCUGGAGAUUUGGGGGGUGGAACCUGAGGAGAGAGAGGUUUGGGGAGGGGAGGGACUUCCAUGAGGCAUAACCAUCUUUCAAAACGCCCGUUUUGCCUCAAUUGCCUAGAGAUCAGUUGUAAUAGUGGAAGGCCUCCACUUGGAGGCUAGAAACUCUAAGGAAGAUAUAAAUGUACCGUAUAUACUCGCGUAUAAGCCGACCCGCAUAUAAGCCGAGGCAUCCAAUUCUACCUCAAAAAACUGGGAAAUUUUAUUGACUCGCGUAUAAGCCGAGGGUGGGAAAGAUCCAUCAGGAGGCAGGGUGCUGAGCCGGCAAAGGAGCCACAGAUGGUGGAAAGGAGUACCCCAGAAACCUUUGGGAGGCUUUUUAAGGAGGGGUGAGGCGGCGUGCACGGGUCUGGG